ACCUGGUCUGGAGAUUCCAGAGGCUACGACACUCUCAGGACUGAAGAUAAAACCCACUGCACACUGAGCUGAACAAGCAACAGCUGUCGGAAGGGAGAAUGUUGCAGCCAGUCUGGAGCUGUAUCCUGGCAAUACUUGGGGUGUUCAUAUUUCAUGUCGGAGAGGUCCGGAGCCAGUGCUGGGAAAGCAAUAGGUGUACAGACCUUAGCAGCGAAGAUGGCAUUCUGGAAUGUAUCAAAGCAUGCAAGAUGGACCUCUCUGCAGAAUCUCCAGUGUUUCCCGGCAAUGGCCACAUGCAGCCCCUUUCUGAAAACAUCAGGAAAUAUGUCAUGAGCCACUUCCGCUGGAAUAAAUUUGGUCGAAGGAACAGCACCAGCAACGACAACAACAAUGGUGGCUACAAGCGGGAGGAUAUUGCCAACUACCCUAUAUUGAACCUGUUCCCUGGCAGCGAUAACCAAAACACACAGGAGGGAAUUAUGGAAGAUGAGGCCAUGGAUAGGCAAGACAGCAAAAGGUCUUAUUCCAUGGAGCACUUCCGAUGGGGAAAACCUGUCGGCAAAAAGAGGAGGCCUGUCAAAGUCUUCCCCACAGAUGCUGAAGAAGAGUCCUCAGAAAGUUUCCCCCUUGAGCUGAGAAGAGAGCUCUCUUUAGAGUUUGACUAUCCUGACACCAACUCUGAAGAAGUCAUGGAUGAUGGCGAGCUGCUAGAUGGCCCAGUUAAAAAAGAUAGGAAGUACAAAAUGCACCAUUUCCGAUGGGAAGGACCACCCAAAGACAAGCGGUAUGGUGGAUUCAUGACCCCAGAGAGAAGCCAGACACCUUUAAUGACUCUUUUCAAGAAUGCCAUAAUUAAGAAUGCCCACAAAAAGGGCCAGUAGAUGGGACAAGCUUCCGUCUGGCCCCCUGUUCAGGUGAAACCAGCAUGUCUACUAUUCCGGGUUCCAUCGUCUACCCCAUGAUCAACUCCUCCUGGCCCACUCUGUAGUUAGCUCUCUCCCGACCCCGAGUUUGAGUCCUAUCUCACUUUAGUAAGACUGUACUGUACAAACUUGGUACAAAGUCUGGAAAGAUUGACCUGUAGCGGGAUUGUACAUAGGGAAAGUUAGAUGUUUCUAUCCGCUGAUCUAUAGUUUUUGGUUUGCUAAAUUAUUUUCAUAUCUGACGAAAAAUGUACAAUACUGUAAAUGAAUCAGAAAAAUAAACGUUUACAAUCUUACUGGC